AUGCACCUGCACGUCGUAAUAAUACGCGUGCACGCCGUAAUAAUACGGCUGCGUUAGUUGCGCGCGCCUCUUAAAGUCUUUUGCGCUCCCAUUUAUUAUAGACAUGACGCCAUACCUUCUCAGGCCCACCCGGCUGGCCUCUCUGGCUUUGCUGGUGCUGAUGCUGGGGGUUGAUGAGGUCACCGGGUUAGGACUGGACUCAAGGCCCAACUUCGUCUUGAUCAUGGUGGACGACUUGGGGAUUGGCGACGUGGGCUGCUAUGGCAACCACACUAUAAGGACGCCCAACAUAGACCGCCUGGCUCUGGAAGGCGUGAAGCUGAGUCAACACAUCGCGGCGGCUCCUCUGUGCACCCCGAGCCGUGCGGCGUUCCUGACCGGACGCUACGCACUGCGCUCAGGGCUGGCCAGUAGUGGUCGUGUGCCAGUGCUGCUGUUUCUGGCUGGGUCAGGGGGAUUGCCCCCCACAGAGACCACCUUUGCGAAGCAGCUCCAGAAUCUCUCACUCACUCACUCACCCUCUCUCCCAGGUAAAUGGCACCUGGGUGUGAACUGCGUGAGCAGGGGAGACCACUGCCACCACCCCAACCAGCAUGGCUUCCACUACUUCUAUGGCCUUCCCUUCACCCUGUUCAACAACUGUGUUCCCGGGCAGCCCGUUGACGUGCUGGCCGACGUGGAGCAGGUCCUCAGGAGCCUAUCCCAGCUGCUGGGGCUCGCUCUGCUCACGCUGGUGUGUCUUCGUGCGCUGGGCCUCCCGAGUGUCAGCGUUGGUCUCCUGGUCGCGCUGACCUGCCUCACCGCUGGGGGGGUGGCUGUGUGGUACGUCCCCUUCUGCUUCCUGCAGACCUGGAACUGCAUCGUCAUGAGGAACCAGGAGGUGGUGGAGCAGCCGCUGGUGAUGGAGACCCUGGCUGAGAGGAUGCUGAACGAGGCCCAACACUUCAUAUCAAGGAAUGCCCAUCAGCCGUUUCUCCUCUUCUUUUCAUUGGCUCACGUUCACACACCACUCUUCAAUAGCCCCGCCUUCGCUGGCAAAAGUCGCCACGGUGUCUAUGGUGACAAUGUUGAGGAAAUGGACUGGAUUAUAGGUCAAGUGACGGAGACGGUUGAUUCACUGGGGCUGGCCAACAACACCAUGAUGUACUUCACCUCAGACCACGGCGGACACAUAGAAGACCCGCAACGGGGCGGCUGGAACGGGAUUUAUAAAGGGGGCAAGGUCAUGGGGGGUUGGGAGGGGGGGAUCCGGGUCCCGCGUAUUUUCCGCUGGCCGGGAAGGCUGCCGGCGGGCCGGGUGGUUGACCAGCCCACCAGCCUCAUGGACCUGUACCCCACCCUCAGGCACCUGGCCCAGGACACGGAGGCGGACAGGCCGCUGGACGGCCAUGACCUCAUGCCGCUGCUGGAGGGGCGGAGCCGGCGCUCGGAGCACCAGUUCAUGUUCCACUACUGCGGCAGCUACCUCCACGCCGUACGCUGGCAGCCCCCUGACUGUGAGUCCCUCCCUCCCACUCAGAGGACACCAGCCUCAGCCCUGCUCGGCCCUGUGACCGGGGGGCCCCGGACUAAGGGCCCCGAGCACGGCGUCCCCAACCAGAUGUCCUGGGACCACAUCCUGUGGAAGCCCUGGUUACAGCCGUGCUGCGGGACCUUCCCCUUCUGCGGCUGCCAGGACAACUCCCGGCCCCCCGGGUGAAGACAGACUCUCAUUAGCCAGCUCGGAUGACAUGUGACAGCCUGGGAGCUUGUGAAGCAUGUCUAUGUGGCCUUGUGGUCCGUUCAUGUUUGCAAACAAUGGGCUGAGCGCAGACAAGCGCACACACGCAAAUACGUACACCUGUAUGUGAACGCACACACACCCGUAUGCAGAGGAUGCAGAGUUGACAACCAGUUGAUUAGUCUGCAAGAAAGCAGAUGGGAAAAUGUCAUUACGUUUCGGGCAAAAAAAAUAGAAAUGUGUUAAAUUGAUGCAUUUAUAUGAAACUAACGAUAUAUUAAAUAAUUGAAUAAAUACUAUGAAUAAUUAUAAUUUGUCAUGUAUUCAUUAUUAUAUUGUGAUGUACCAAAACAUUGUUUAGCCAAUUCAGCACAUCCAAUGAACUGGGUUAAUUAUUAGUACUAUUACCAAAAAGGUUGUUAUCACUAACAAACUACAUUUCAGUAAAUUGAUGAUCUAUUGUAAA